GAAUUUCGAUAUUUCUGAUGAUAUUUCUCUGCAGAUUUGAUGAUUUUGAUUUUACUUUGAGUUUUGAGUUGAUUUGAGAAUUUUAUUUUAGCAAAGAAUACUGAAUAGUAGCCUCUUUAAUUUUACCGAUUUUAGUGUAAUCCAUUGGGCACGAUUUUUGCAUACAUUUGUGAUAUAUUUCUCCUUCUUGAUAUUAAGCAUCUUCAAAAUAUAUUCAAAUGGAAAAUGAAAGUAAAGAUUGUCCUGUGUUGGACACUAUAGAAUCAUUGACCAAGGAGGCAGAAUCAUUGAAAAAGAAAUUGGAAGAUGAAAGACUGAAACUGAAUGAUGUUACAUUGGCAACUGUUGCUGAACGCUUGGAUAUCAUCAAUUACAUGAAUAUUAAGCCAAGAAGAACUCUAAAAGGCCAUCAAGCAAAGGUUUUAUGUUCUGAUUGGUCUCCAGAUAAAAGACAUAUUGUAUCAUCUUCUCAGGAUGGUAAAAUGAUAAUUUGGGACGCUUUCACAACUAACAAGGAGCACGCCGUUACAAUGCCAACAACUUGGGUGAUGGCAUGUGCUUAUGCACCUUCAGGGAAUUUGGUGGCUUGCGGUGGUUUGGAUAACAAAGUCACUGUCUACCCACUGAGUUUAGACGAGGAUGUAACCCUCAAAAAGAAAACUGUGGGAACUCACACGAGCUACAUGAGUUGUUGUCUUUUCCCCAAUUCUGACCAACAGAUCCUAACAGGUAGUGGAGAUUCUACAUGUGCUCUCUGGGAUGUCGAAUCUGGUCAGUUGCUCCAGAGCUUCCAUGGACAUUCAGCAGAUGUCAUGGCCAUUGACUUGGCCCCUUCAGAAACUGGCAACACAUUUGUGUCUGGAAGUUGUGAUAAAAUGGUUCUUAUAUGGGAUAUGAGAAGUGGUCAAUGUGUACAGUCGUUUGAGGGACAUGAAUCAGAUGUUAACAGUGUGAAAUUCCAUCCAAGUGGUGAUGCAGUUGCAACCGGAAGUGAUGAUGCAACUUGUCGGUUGUUUGAUCUGAGAGCAGACAAGGAAAUUGCAAUUUAUAGCAAAGAGAGCAUCAUAUUUGGUGCAAAUUCCGUAGAUUUUUCAGUGUCAGGUCGAUUACUUUUUGCUGGGUAUAAUGACUAUACUGUUAACGUUUGGGAUACUCUUAAGUGUGUCCGAGUUUGUCUCUUGUAUGGACAUGAAAAUAGAGUUUCCUGCCUUCAAGUGUCACCUGAUGGAACUGCACUAUCUACUGGUUCUUGGGACUACACACUUAGGGUCUGGGCUUGAAUUUUGUAGAUGAAAUAUAGCAUACUAUCUCGAUGUAUGUAGAGAAGGUCAAGCGUUAAUUGUGUAUGAAAAAACUACCUUGAGUGGAAAAUGUGCGAUAAGUAUGAAACUAUAAUAUCGCCAAAUUGCAGUUGAUUUACAGUGUUGAAACAAAACUGCCCUUCCUGGAAUUAUGUGGCCGGGAUGAAUAUACUUAAUGUAUAAUGAAUGUUGUCUAGAGAUAUUAUAUUAUAUGUACGCAAUAUGUCCCGCUUUUCAUGAAUACACACUAAUAUCUCAUUUCUUUGAAAUGUUUAUGGUGAUUGUAUGUCAAAAACAUGAAUUAUUUCAUCAGAUUUAGAAGAAAAAAAAUGUUGAUUUCAAAAUCACUUUUUAACUUUUUAUAUAUUUAAUCAUAUUGCAUUUCAAACACCUCCUUAGCGUUUCGUUGAAUUCAUUCUCGCCUUAUCCUUAUACCCUAACCCCGAACAAGUUUCGACUUCUUGGGAGUUGGUUUCCAACUUCGAAGUAGCAAUUUAUGUACAAUUGUUCAAUAAGUACACCUAAAAUAAUUAGUUUUUUUUUUAAUUUUGGUAAGGUACGCGCGUUCUCCCAGUA